UUGACAUCUGAAAAUAUUACAACCUUAUUUCUACCAACUGGUCAACAUGGACAACUCGUGGAGCUCUUUGGGCUGUCUUGCGGUGCCCCAUACAUCAGUGGGCUUACCAGGUUUUCCGGGAAUAGAUCCUAGUGAGGAGGACAGUGGUCCAGUGCCAAAAAUACCUAGGAUGGCCUAUUACAUUCAAGGCAACUCAUUGCCCAGGGAAACUGGCAGUGCUGCUCGCUUGCAGACUCUGCAGGCGGAGGCCGUACCGUACCAGCCAGGUACAGUGGUAAUUCAGCCACCCAAACGGUUGCCUCCCGAGCCGGAAAACAGUCGGCGGAUGUAUAUUCCCGACUUGAAUCAAGUCCUUACCCAUCGCGAUGUAUUCAAUUACUUCUGCAGCUUUGGCGAUUUGGAGCGGGUUUGCGUGAAGAACGGCACGGAUAUGUUAAACUAUGCCAUGGUCCUGUUUUCCCGAACUGUCUCCAUGGAACAGGCCAUCAAGUCAAGUCCGCAUAUUAUCAAGGGACACCGAUUGAAUUGCCGCAAGGCCACCGAAAAGUCAGGAAACAGAUCGAGUAAGCAGGCAUUCGAAGUUGUCAAUAAUCAAAGGAUUGUAUCUUCCAAGAAAAGAAAAAAAUCUCCGCUUAGCCAGCUACCCAAAACUCCUGAAUGGUUGCCAAAGGAAGAGGAAUCUAAAAGAUCUGAGUCCCAGAAGCGGAGGAAUCCCCUUAAACAAUCAAUUCGCAGGUCGGAGCGUCUGCAGAAAUUAGUGGAACCAAAGUACAAAAAAAAAGUGGCUCCCGGAAAAGCAGAUAAGAACUACGUCUAUGCAGUGACCACCAAAUGUGGGGUCUCCCGAUGGAGCUUCAAGUUAUCCAAAUCCUCCCAGAGUCCGGACGAGCAGAGGAUAUUCAAGAAAGGUCCCCCACGAGCCGCACAGAUUCUAAGGAAUCUUCGAGGGAACGAGGUAGCCAAGUCUUUGAAACUUUCUAAGCCGAAUCCUGAAACCUUAGAGAGUGAAACUAAGCCCAAUAGGCCAAAGAGUCCAGGAACUAUUUCUGAUUCUGUGGAAACUCCUGCCCCGCUUUCCAUUGACUUUUCUUUGACUGGCCUACUGAUUCGUACUCCCUUGGUCACCCCGCCGAAAAAAGUUAUUCCAGAAUUUUCGAAGCCAGAUCUCCGCUCAAAGAUCCUGUCCACUUUGGGUCAGAACUACGUCCAUCACUGCUACACAAAUGUAGAGGCUUACCAAAAAACCAAGUGUUAUGUAGAUAUGCCGCCAGAAGAGUUGAUACGGCGACCCAGUGUCAAGGAGUAUGUGGAUCAGAUGUACGCAGGACAAUAAUAAUGAUGCAAUUAAAUAUUUUAAUAAAGGUAGUAUAUCCCUA